UGCCCCAUCGUUGGUGUCAGUGGGAGGAAUAGUGCCCCAUCAUUGGUGUCAGUGGGAGGAAUAGUGCCCCAUCAUUGGUGUCAGUGGGAAGAAUCGUGCCCCAUCAUUAAUGUCAGUGGGAGGAAUAGUGCCCCAUCUUUGGUGUCAGUGGGAAGAAACGUGCCCCAUCAUUGGUGUCAGUGGGAAGAAACGUGCCCCAUCAUUGGUGUCAGUGGGAAGAAACAUACCCCAUCAUUGGUGUCAGUGGGAAGAAUCAUGCCCCACCAUUGGUGUCAGUGGGAGGAAUAGUGUCCCAUCAUUGGUGUCAGUGGGAGGAAUAGUGUCCCCACAUUGGUGUCAGUGGGAGGAAUAGUGUCCCAUCAUUGGUGUCAGUGGGAAGGAUAUUGCCCCAUCUUUGGUGUCAGUGGGAGGAAUAG